AAGUUUGGCUCCAGAGCUGGAGAACAACCACCGCGUCGAGACAUACCAACUGUUCGUCCGACCUCCCCCACAAACCCUCCCCCUCGAUUUCACCCCACCACGAGGCAGCAUCAUGCCUAUCAUUGACACUGGCAAAGAUCUGUCGGCCCUCUUCACGAAACAGGUGAAGGAGACGCCUGAUGCAGUUGCUCUAGAGGACGAGUCAAACACAUAUUCGUAUGCCGAGCUUGACCAAAUCGUUGAGGCUCUUUCUCAACGCCUCCGCAACUACGGCGUCAGUCGAGACACACUUGUUGGUGUAUUACUUCCUCGCAGUGCUGACUAUGUAAUUGCCUGUCUUGCUUCGCUGCGUGCUGGAGGAGCUUUCCUUGUACUGGAGCUCGCAUACCCUCCGGACCUAUUGGCCGACGUCAUUGACGACGCUAAGCCGGCUGUUAUCAUCACCCACACAUCUGAGGUCGGCAAGAUCCAACAAGGCGUCCCAGUCCUUGUCCUCGACGAUGAAGCACAGGAAGUCAAUGGCGAUCACAAAGAGCCAGCACCGUUACCUGCCGACGAUGAUCUUGAACGUCUUGCUUUCGUUGCUUACUCCUCAGGUACCACUGGAAAGCCCAAGGGUAUCGCAAACCCACAUAGAGCACCUGUACUCUCAUAUGACUUGAGAUUCGCUGUCUCGGACCAGCAGCCUGGAGACCGUGUGGCUUGCAACGUCUUUUUCAUCUGGGAAAUCCUGCGUCCCCUGCUUCGUGGAGCCACUGUCGUUGCUGUCCCUGAUGAGGUCAGCUAUGAUCCCCAUGCUCUUGUUGAACUGCUUGCAACCAAGAAGAUCACCGAGACUCUCAUGACUCCUACUCUUUUGGCUACGAUCCUGUCGCGUCACCCUGAUAUCUCAAAGCGUCUUCCCGAUCUUCGUGUCCUGUGGCUCAAUGGUGAAGUUGUCACUACCGACCUUGCCCGCAACGCCCUCAAAGCCCUACCCAAAGUACGCCUGCUCAACUGUUACAGUGCUUGUGAAACGCAUGAGAUUGCCUGUGGCAACAUCGGAGAGAUGCUUGGACACCUCGAUGAGGCAGCCCUUUACUGCCCGGUCGGCCCGUCCCUGGAUCCUGAGCAUACAUACAUUGUCGACGAUCUUGGCAAUAAAGUUGAGGAUGGUGUUAGUGGAGAGCUGUUCUUUGGUGGUAAACUUCUGGCUCGUGGUUACCUCAACCUCCCAGAGACUACCGCCAAGGCCUUCCUCAGAGAUGAAUACGACUCGACUGAAGGUGCCCUAAUGUACAGAACUGGAGAUCUUGCACGUAAGCUUCCUUCUGGCCUCCUUGAGAUUACUGGCCGCGUUGGAGCUAUGAUCAAGCUCCGUGGUUACUCUGUCGUUCCCGCAAAGGUUGAGAACUCCAUCGUCACUCACCUUGCUGUCAGCCAGUGUGCAGUGAUUGCUCACGGAGAAGGUCUCGAUAGGCAGUUGGUGGCCUAUAUUGUGCGCGAUAAGGAGUCUAAGGAUCGCACUUUCCCGGAAAUUAUUGAAUCUGGACACAGUCCUGAAGCUCGUAAGGCGCUCUCGGAAUCGUUGGCACAGUACAUGCUUCCCUCAUUAUGGGUUGUGCUCGAGGAGCUGCCAUUGCACGAAGUUUCUGGAAAGGUUGACCUCAAGAAGUUGCCAGCACCCGUCACAACCCCACCAAACGGUGCCAAUGGAACCAAGGCUGCUCAAGCCCAGGACCCCAUCGGCGUCAACGACGUGGCCGAGGUUUGGUCUGCUACGCUUAACAUGCCUCGCAGCCUGAUCUCUUCGGCAAGCAACUUCUUUGAUCUGGGUGGUCAUUCACUCUCGCUCGCAGACCUCGCCGCAAAAUUCUCAAGAUCGUUCGGCUUCCGUGUUCCUGUCGCUCGCCUUGCAGACCCUCCUACUCUUGCUGGUCAUGUUGAGACAGUUCGCGCUGUCAGGGAUGGACAUGCUGCUGCAGUUCAAGCAGAUCUUCCUGCUGUGCUGCGCAAGGACUCCACCCUUGACAACGACAUCCAGGCCAACGGAGCCAAGUUCUGCCCUCUCAAUAAAGCCAACACUGUGCUUUUGACUGGUGCGACUGGUUUCUUGGGUGCUUUCCUCCUGAACGAUCUUCUCGAAAACACGUCAGCUCAAAUCAUCUGUCUGGUUCGCUUCAACAACCCUGAAGGCAGUGACUACUCUGCUGGUAUUGCAAGACUGAGAAGACAUCUUCUCGACUUGGGUUUGUGGCGUGAUUCGAUCAUGGAACGUGUUGAAAUCCUGCCUGGUAACCUCUCGCGCGAACGUCUAGGUCUUGAUCAGAAUCUCUGGAACGACAUGGUCUCUAGAGUUCAAGUCAUUGUCCAUGCCGGUGCCACUGUCAACUUGAUCUACCCUUAUGCUUCGCUGCGUGGCGCCAACAUUGAAGGUACUAGAGAAAUCUUGCGACUGGCUUCUCAGAGCGGUGCUACCGUUCAGUAUGUUUCGACAAACGGCGUCUUGCCUCCUUCCAAGCACGGCUGGCCCGAGUUCGCCAUGCUUGACGUUGACUCUGUCCAAGACAAGCUCCUCGAUGGCUAUGGCCAGACGAAGUGGGUCGCGGAACAGCUUGUCCACGAAGCUAGUCGCCGUGGUCUGCCUGUAAAGAUCCUGCGUGCUGGUACUAUCAGUGGCCACAGUUUGACUGGCUCUGCCAACGCUUGGGAUUUGGUAUCUGCUCUGAUAGUCGAGUCAAUCCACCUUGGCUUCCACCCCGAUGUCGAGGGCUGGCGUGCUGAGAUGACGCCUGUUGACUUUGUUAGCAAGGCCAUCAUCCAUCUGGCCAACCAGUCACAAGCCAAGCAGCUGGUCUUCCAUCUUGGCGACCCUACUCCUGUCGACAUGAGCUCUGUCUUCCAGGACCUUGAGAAGCUUGGCUAUCCCACUAAGCCCCUUGACUGGGAGGAGUGGGUCACCAUGUGGACCGAGAAGAGAGGAAACGGUAGAGGCGGUGACGGUAACUUCACAGUGGAUAUUCUCCGCAGUGGCAUGCCUAGCGUUGAGUUCCUCAGAGGUAUCGUUGUUCUCAAUAACGAAGCCACGAGACCUUUCCGCUCUGUUGUUGAGCGUCCCAAGGUCGAUUCUGUCCUGCUCGAGACAUACACUCGCCACUGGUUUGCCAGAGGAUGGCUGCCUAGCCCUCCUUCGGGCCUCAGCUCUCUUGGUGGUGUCGCACACAUGCCUCGAAGAGGUCCCCUGAGUGGGCGUGUCGCUAUUGUCACUGGUGCUUCGUCGGGAAUCGGUGCUGCUGUUGCCGUUGCCCUCGCAAGAGAAGGUUGCCAUAUCGCUCUUGCUGCUCGUCGCACGGAUGCCCUUGAGGCUCUAAAGCGCAGACUCACUGUCCGUGAGGGCAAAGUCAUCGUUCGUCAAACCGAUGUCACAAACCGCACGCAGGUAGAAGCCCUGGUGCAGGCCACUGAGGAAGAGCUGGGCCCUGUCGAUAUCCUCGUCUCAUGCGCUGGCGUCAUGUACUUCACCAUGAUGGCUAAUGCCAAGGUCGACGAAUGGGAGCAAACCGUCGACGUCAACUGCAAGGGUCUGCUGAACUGCCUUUCCUCCACCGUGCCUGGUAUGCUUUCCCGCGGCGCAGGCCACAUCGUCGCCAUCUCCUCCGACGCCGGCCGAAAGUGCUUCCCUGGUCUUGGUGUUUACUCAGCCAGUAAAGUCUUUGUUGAGUUUACACUCCAAGCUCUGCGUCUUGAGACUGCAGGAAAGGGUCUCCGCGUCACUGGCGUUCAGCCUGGAAACACCCAGACCGACCUUCUUACCAUGUCUAGUGAUAAGGAGGCUGUGGAGAAGUAUGGCGAGCCUUCUGGUGCCCAGAUCUUGGACCCUGAGGAUGUCGCCAAUUCGAUUGUUUAUGCACUCAAGCAGCCCGCCCAUGUUGCUGUCAAUGAGAUUCUGAUCGAGCCACGUGAUGAGCCCAUCUAGAGUCGAACAACGGAGAACUAAAAGAAAAGAGGAAAAGGGUUAUUUUGCAUCAUUUUGUUUGCUCAUGCUGGAAGGCAAUAUUUGUUUUAUUACGGUCGCUUCUAAACUACACAUAUAUGGAUUUCUGAUUGCUUUGCUGUUGCAGGAGCUGGGAUGUCUUUUUUCUUUGCUUUCUAUUCGAAGUUGUAGCUUAUAGUUUAGCAGUAACCAACGACAGUCUGGGGGGUUGCUCUUCUUGUUUUUCUGAUCAUCAGUGGUUUCACUGUUUCGAUGUUUGCGACUAAUCAUCUGAUAGGUUCUGGGCUGUAUCCAGCCGCAACAAACAAUUAUUACUAACAAUACUUUCGUGAUGAGCUCGAGAUUCUGACGGUAACAUUUAUCGUAAGUUUGCGCUCAAUGCCAGAAUUUUUCCUUCGAGUGCAAUCGUAUAGCACGCAAAAGGUGAGCCAAGUUCGAUUAGCUAAAAAGCACAAGCAAUGCACGAGAACGUCCUCA